GCAACAUCGAAAGCGACAUGCUCGUCUCGUAAAAUUCUGCCGCGGACGUCGAUUCCGAACGACGCCAUCUUAGUUUUUGUGGAAAGUUUAGCUACAGCAGCUAGAUUGGAUUGUAGAAUCAGUCUCUGCAAGUUUAGCGAAGAGUUGGUGACGGUAACGGCGGUGUAGCUCAAAAAGUGGUGCUUGUGAACAUCGACAGCAACUUUCGAAAGUAAAACAAACGCAUUGUGGCAAUUGAAGAGCAAUCCGGCUUUGAUUCUAGACAGAAAGGCGGUUUAAAUUCGAUUUGGUUCGCAUUUGUUUCCUCUUUAGAAAAAAUCUGUGCCGCUUGUGUUUUCUCUUGGUUCGGUAAUAAGAGAUCCGACGGUCGCUGUAGUGGUGGUGAAAAUUACUAUUUUCUAAUUUCACGUAGCAAAUAUCCAGCCGUAAUAACAGACAGGACAGUGAAUGAGCCUGAAAUAUUGUAUUAACCGUAGCUGAUUCCAGAAUAUCGUUGGAAUCGGCACAUUUGAACUAGAAAUCCUGAUGUGAACAAGUUUGUGAAAAAGUGAAACAUAUUAAGAGAAAAGUGAAUAAUAGCAAACCACAAUGACUCGUAUUACCGAAACAAAGUCUGUGAAAGUGGAUAACUGGGGGGUGUUUUUCCUGCAAAAAUUGCAAAACUUUUUCAACAAAACGGAUCACUGUGAUCUGACGUUGCAGUUUAACGACAAUUCUCAGUUGAAAGUUCAUCGGCUGGUUCUGAGCGCAUGUACUGACUAUUUUAACAUGCUGGAAAACACAUGUGAAAUGUACGAGGACGUACUAAUCAUGCCGCUCGAUCUGCAGGCUGAUGUGAUUGUUCCUAUCGUCAAUUUCAUGUACACUGGGACACUGGAGUUCCAGUAUAAUAUGUACGAUAAGCUGCUGAAAACGGCGCGAGACAUGAACAUGACAGUAUUGUUAAAACUGCUUGAAGCGCACAAGCAAACUACUUCGCGGUUAAUGCCAGGGGGUCGGCAGCCAAUUUUGUUGAACAAACAGGCUCCUAACCGCGGAAGAGCUGUCGCGCCUGGUAGUGUAACCUUGCAGGCAGCUGGCACGGCAGCAAGAAAUACGAGACAGCCGGUUCCGCAAAUAAGAACGGCGGGUCAAACUAUGAAACAUCAAACAACGAUACGUCCAGUGUCUGUGUAUGGAAACACUAAAAUCUCAUCGGAAUCUGUUACCAGAUUUGGGGCAGGAAAAGAAGCUAGAGCAGGUCCUUCUAGAUAUGAGGAGACUGCGGCUACUGACACCUUCGAAGGACAAUUCGAUGAUAUAUCGUACGAAAGCAAACCUCUGGUAACGGCCGAUCAGAUCAAGAAGGAGGACGAACCAUUCGAAGAAUUACGCAAAGGUUACACCAAUGUGAGUGUAGUAAAGCGGCCAGCAUCUGCCAUUUUGUCCGCUCCUGCCGCGAAAAAGCCAAACCUGGAAGAAGUAAAAGAAUUUACAGAAGCAGCCAGAUUACGAAGCCAAAUGGCUACCGAGGAUGAUGACUCGCCUGGAAUUGCCGACGAUACACACUUCGACGAUGAUGAUGACGACGAACCACAGGCACAGCAGACGCAGUCAACGAUGAAACCUAGCCCCAAGCAGAUUGUAAUCAAGCAAGAGGCCAAAACUUCACCCAACAUGGGAGGAGUUAAACAAAUUACUGUCAAAGAUGAAUCUGGUAGCGUGGACCACGCCAAAAUUAUAAGUGAAGUAUUGAAAAAAUAUCCACAUCUGGUAAAAAAGAACAAAAACAUUAAGCUCAAGAUCAUGCAAAAAACAUCCCCAUCAGCGCCGGCUCAAGUCAAACAAGGGCCGUUAAAAAUGGAAGUUCGGACUGCAACCCCACUGAGGCAGGAUAUGUCGAUGGUUCGCAAGGCUACCGAUGCUAUAAAGCAACAUCCACUGGCCUCUUCGACACCAGCCGCACCAGGGCCGCGUAAGAUCGACUCCAAAUCGAUGCAUACCUUGAUCGCCAAAGGCGCAGAAAACAUGACUGGACCGUGGCUUUGCCUUCGCUGCGGUAUCGGUGGUCGCCCUAUCUCGAUACCCAGCUACAAAGCUUUCCGCAACCAUUUGAUCGUGAAGCAUCGAGAACGAAUUGAUCCACGCAUUUGCGAACACUGCGGAUGGAAGGCGGAACAGCGAAAUCCUCAGCUCUUCUACCACUGGUUAACAGCGCACAAUAUUAAAUCCACCGUCAAGUUUCCGUCGUGCUCCGAAUGUGGCCAUUUCGCAAUGAAUGAAGCCAAUCUUCAAAAGCACGAAGAAGAAAAUCACCAGCGAGGAGACCUGCAACAGUGCAUAUAUUGCAAUAAGGUGUUCGCCAAGGAGAUGGAUCUCUACGAGCAUAUGAAGAGUUUGCAUAAGGACAGAGCACGCGAAGAUGGUGUAAUAGAUUUUUCCGACGACGAAUACCAUGUAGAGGAAGAAGAUGAAGGACCAAGUGAACCAACGCCUAACUCCAGCCAGGAAAGUAAGAUAAAAAUUCUGUCCAACAUUGCAUUCAGCAAGAGCAGUGCCAUACCGUUCGUGAUCGAUCCCAGCCAGGCGCAGACCGUAUCGCAAAUCGGUGGCAAACCGCAAAUUCAGCUUCAGCAGAUCACUCUUGAACCGUCAUCGGAAGCAGAAGCUCUCAGUAAUGUAGCGUCUGGAAUUGCGACCAGUCUCGGUCUGGUGGACAGUGCCAGCGUUGUCAUCGAGGAUCCAAACUUCCACCAGUCUGGCCAGCAGUAUAUCGAACAUCAACUGGCAACGGUGCACGGUGAAACGGGGACCACGACGACGGUCACGGCUGCCGGGGCAGGAUCCGAACAGCUGACCAAACUGAUCACAGAGGAUGGAACGGAGCUGCAGCUUACGCAGAGCCAGAAGGAUGAGAUUAUUUCGCAACUACAGAACACCGCAAAUGGUGGCAACGUGGUGAUGGUCCUCAACGAUGACAGCUUCAUUGGUGGUCCCGGAAUACAGUUAGCCGAUGGUUCUCAGCUGAUGAAUGCUGCCUCAGUUCCUGCCGGACAAGACACUAACAUCGUCGUUAUGUACAGUCAGCCAACAGACAGCCAACUAGUGACUACAACUAACACUAUCACUACAACUACAAGCUCAGUAAUACCAGUUGGAUCAGAUGUGCACGAGGAAGAGGUUGCCACGGAAGAUGCCGGAACUAAAAGCGCAGCGGCAACCGAAGACGAUACGUCUCAGGUCUCCACGCAGCCUUCAGAAAAAGCUAAUGACGUCUAUACCGAGUGCAGUCAAGACAUGUCAGUAGAUGAAAAGGCAAAGUCCGUCACUAGUGCGAACGAAUCACUCGAGCAGGACCGAUCGCACAGCCAACUGGAAGAUCACGAGGAGGUAGAGGAUGAGGAAGAGGAUGUCGAUGAAGAAGCAGAUGAAUCUAAAAAUUCCGAAGACGCAGAGAAGGCAGCCAAGGAACGGGAAAAGCAAAAACUCAUAUCGGAGCUAGAAGGGGAUUGGUCUGAAGAUACAGAAGAGCAGCCAACGGCGACCGAAGAGAAAACAGAGGAAAAGGUGACUGAGAAAAAAUCUUCCCCUAUUCGCAAAAAAGAAGUAAAAACUGAGAAAGAGGAAGGUAAAAUCAAAGAAGAAGAUAUAGGACAGCUGCUAGACGAGUGGAAUAAUGAAACAAAAUUUAACGAAAACGAUUCGGACGCAGAUCUAGAGAAAAAGUUGGAGAAAGUGGUGGGUGCAAAGAAAAACGAACCGGUAGAGAAGGAAUCAUUAGAAACUCCAAGUGCGGAUAACACCGUCGGUACUGUAGACGACAGCCUCAAUAAUAGCGGCACUCAGGUAGUGAUAGUAGCCGCAGAUAGUGAAGCUGAAGUGUCUGUGAAUGAGUCGGAUGUAGAAAAGAGUCAGGAUAGCAAGGCGGAGUUGGUGAAAAAAUCUGAACAAUCGGAAAAAUCUGCAUGCAAAACGGAAGAAACCGAUGAGAAAGAAUCAGUGGCAGAUGCAGAUAAAACUGUACCAGAAAGGGAGGAGCCGAAAAGCGAAGAAGACAAAAUCAAAUCGAAGGAAGUUGUUAGUUCGUUGCUAGGCGAUUGGGACGAAGAUGAUGAUUUGUAAAGUAGAAGAAUCGCAUCACACACAAGUGACUUUUAAUAAAAUGAACCAUAACAGAUUAGUGCUAACAGUAGCAUUUGCAUAAAAGUUGGUUAAGAGUAGCAUUACAACCAAUGUUAUUAAAUAUUUAGAAGAAAUUUUAUUUUUCUUGAUGUAAUUGCAGCAAAAUAUUUUAAAUGUACGUUCGAUUUUCCCUUUACUUUAAAUACCAACGAACUUUUAGUUGAACAUUUUGAUUGUUCAUUUUCGGUCAGCCUGGCAUGUUUUUGGUACCAGCAAUUAUUAAUUGUAUUUCUAAAUCGUUUGAAUCUUUGCGUUAAACGUAACAUGUGGACAUUAUCAUUUAGGCUAAGUGAUCCUGAAAGUACUAAAUGCGUCUUUUCAUUUAUUCUGCUAGAAAAUAUACAAUUAAUGGUAUUCAUUUAUGGUUAACAAACGUUUAUGUUCAGAACGACGUUCUCUGCAACAUGUUUCGGUGUAAGAGAAGUUGAAUAAAUAAAUAUAGAUUGUAUUGUCCCUCGUAA